CGGGCCGCGCCCCUACCCCGCCGCCUCAGCUCCCCGCGCGGCGGAUGCGGGUCGCCGGGCUGAGGGGAGCGAGGUAGCCUCCGCCCGCGCCGCCGCCCGGCCCUGGCCCGGCCCUUCCCGGGCGUGUCCGGCCUGGUCGCCCUCGGGGCGCGGCCGGAGCGGGCCAUGGCCGACCGCGGGUGUCCGCUGGAGGCGGUGCCGCUGCCCGCCGAGGUGCGGGAGAGCCUGGCCGAGCUGGAGCUGGAGCUGUCGGAAGGUGACAUCACUCAGAAAGGCUAUGAGAAGAAACGGGCAAAGCUGCUUGCACGCUACAUCCCGCUUCUUCAAGGAGCAGAUCCCUCCCUCCAAGCAGAGAACAGGGUCCCUGCUCCCACCCAGACCACAGCUGCCGUGUCCAAACAGCGGAAGCCAAGGCCCCCCAGCUCCCGGGACGAGCGCUUCCGGUCAGAUGUUCACACCGAGGCGGUGCAAGCAGCUUUGGCCAGAUACAAGGAGCGCAAGGUGCCCAUGCCCUCGAGACGACGCUCUGCCCUCACGCACUCGUCCGUGGACACCUCCACGCCUCCAGACACGUCAUCUGCCUCGGAAGAUGAGGGCUCUUUCCGGCGACCCACGCGACUCACCUCCACUCCGCUCCAGAGCCAUUCCAACACCGAGCCCUGGCUCGACCGGGUCGUUCAGGGCUCGUCCACCUCAUCCUCCGCCUCCUCCACCUCAUCUCACCCGGGAGGGAGACCCGCCGCCACGCUCGCAGGCCCCACGGCCCACGCCCACGUAGCAGAUGUGCACUCCGCCCCUCCUGACGUCACCACGGGCCUCGUGGAGCUUUCACACCGUGAGCGUCCGCAGCUGGCUUCGGUGCGAGGGGUCGCUCGGGGCUGCAGCGGGAGCGUCCUGGAAACGGCCGGUGGUGUCCCCGUGAGCAGCAGGGUGUCCUCCAAAAUCCAGCAGCUUCUCAACACCCUGAAGAGGCCGAAGCGCCCUCCGCUGAAGGAGUUCUUCGUGGAUGACCUUGAGGAGCUGUUGGAAGUGCAGCAGCCGGACCCAAAUCAGCCGAAGCCCGAGGGAAGCCAGAUGGUGGUGCUGAAGGGGGAACCUCUGGCUGUGGGGGUUCCCUGGCCCCCGUCCCUGCUGGCUGUCUUGCAGCGGUGGGGUACAACACAGCCCAAAGCCCCCUGUCUGACUGCCUUGGACGCGGCCGGGAAAGCCGUCUACACUCUCACCUACGGCAAACUUUGGAGUCGGAGUUUAAAACUAGCUUAUACUCUACUUAAUAAACUGACUAGUAAGAAUGAACCACUACUUAAACCCGGAGACAGAGUGGCCCUGGUGUUUCCGAACAGCGACCCCGUGAUGUUCAUGGUGGCGUUCUAUGGGUGUCUCCUGGCAGAGCUGGUUCCCGUUCCCAUAGAAGUGCCGUUAACAAGAAAGGACGCUGGCAGCCAGCAGGUGGGCUUCCUGCUGGGCAGCUGCGGCGUCACCCUGGCCCUGACCACGGACGCGUGUCAGAAAGGUCUGCCCAAGGCCCAGACCGGAGAGGUGGCUACUUUCAGAGGAUGGCCCCCACUCUCCUGGCUGGUGAUCGACGGGAAGCACCUGACCAAGCCCCCCAAAGACUGGCAGCCGCAGGUGCAGGACUCCCAGGCUGGGACCGCCUACAUCGAGUAUAAAACCAGCAAAGAAGGCAGCACGGUGGGGGUCACGGUGACCCACGCGUGCCUGCUGGCCCACUGCCAGGCUCUGACGCAGGCUUGUGGCUACUCAGAAGCCGAGACACUGACGAAUGUGCUGGAUUUCAAGCGGGAUGCCGGGCUGUGGCACGGAGUGUUAACAAGCGUGCUGAACAGGAUGCACGUCGUCAGCGUCCCGUACGCGCUCAUGAAGGUGAACCCUCUGUCCUGGAUCCAGAAAGUGUGUUCGUAUAAAGCCCGCGCCGCACUGGUGAAGUCCCGCGACAUGCACUGGUCUCUCCUGGCUCAGCGAGGCCAGAGGGACAUCAGCCUCAGCUCCCUGCGCAUGCUGAUCGUGGCCGACGGCGCCAACCCGUGGUCCAUAUCCUCCUGUGACGCGUUCCUCAAUGUCUUCCAGUCCAGAGGGCUGAGGCCCGAGGUCAUCUGUCCUUGUGCCAGCUCCCCUGAGGCGCUGACGGUGGCCAUCCGCAGGCCGCCGGAGCUGGGCGGACCUCCCCCGAGAAGAGCCGUCCUGUCGAUGAACGGUCUCAGCUUCGGUGUGAUCAGAGUUGAUGCUGAAGAAAAGUUGUCCGUCCUUACCGUUCAGGACGUCGGUCAGGCGCUGCCGGGAGCUGACGUGUGUGUUGUGAAGGUGGAAGGUGCCCCUUAUCUCUGCAAGACCGACGAGGUCGGGGAGAUCUGCGUGAGCUCCGGCGCCACCGGCACCGCGUACUACGGACUGCUGGGCAUCACUAAGAGCGUCUUCGAGACCGUCCCGGUCACGGCAGGAGGCGCACCCGUGUCUGACAGGCCUUUCACCAGGACGGGGCUGCUGGGCUUCAUCGGGCCGGAUAACCUGGUCUUUGUUGUGGGCAAGCUGGAUGGGCUGAUGGUGGUUGGAAUUCGCAGACACAAUGCAGAUGACAUCGUGGCCACUGCGCUGGCCGUGGAGCCCAUGAAGUUUGUCUACAGAGGCAGGAUCGCGGUGUUCUCCGUGACGGUGCUGAAUGACGACCGGAUCGUCCUGGUGGCCGAGCAGCGGCCCGACGCCUCCGAGGAGGACAGUUUCCAGUGGAUGAGCCGCGUGCUGCAGGCGGUCGACAGCAUCCACCAGGUGGGCGUGUACUGUCUGGCGCUGGUUCCUGCCAACACCCUGCCCAAGGCUCCUCUCGGAGGGAUUCACAUUUCUGAAACCAAGCAGCGUUUCCUGGAGGGGCUGCUGCACCCCUGCAAUGUGCUCAUGUGCCCGCACACCUGUGUCACCAACCUUCCCAAACCUCGCCAGAAACAACCAGAGGUGGGGCCGGCCUCCAUGAUCGUGGGGAACCUGGUUGCGGGUAAGAGGAUCGCGCAGGCCUCAGGGAGGGAGCUGGCUCACCUGGAGGACAGCGACCAGGCCAGAAAGUUCCUGUUCCUGCCCGACGUGCUGCAGUGGCGAGCGCACACCACGCCUGACCACCCCCUGUUCCUGCUGCUCAACGCCAAGGGGACCGUCACCAGCACUGCAACCUGUGUCCAGCUGCACAAGAGGGCAGAGAGGGUGGCCGCCGCCCUGAUGGAGAAGGCAAGACUGAGCACCGGGGACCACGUGGCCUUGGUCUACCCGCCAGGGGUGGACCUCAUCGCUGCCUUCUACGGCUGCCUGUACUGUGGCUGCGUGCCGGUCACGGUGCGGCCCCCCCACCCCCAGAACCUGGCGACCACACUGCCCACCGUCAAGAUGAUCGUGGAGGUCAGCAAGGCCGCUUGCGUCCUCACCACACAGGCCAUCAUGAGGCUGCUCAGGUCCAAAGACGCAGCGGCUGCCGUGGACGUCAGGACCUGGCCGACCAUUGUGGACACAGCAGAUGACAUACCAAAAAAGAAGGUGACGAGCAUUUUCAGGCCCCCGUCUCCGGAUGUGCUCGCGUACUUGGACUUCAGCGUGUCCACCACGGGGAUCCUAGCAGGUGUGAAGAUGUCGCACGCGGCCACCAGUGCCUUGUGUCGCUCCAUAAAGCUGCAGUGUGAGCUGUACCCCUCGAGGCAGAUCGCCAUCUGCCUCGACCCCUACUGUGGCCUCGGCUUCGCCCUGUGGUGUCUGUGCAGCGUGUAUUCGGGACACCAGUCCGUCCUGGUGCCCCCGCUGGAGCUGGAGAGCAACGUGUCCCUGUGGCUGUCCGCAGUCAGCCAGUACAAGGCCCGGGUCACCUUCUGCUCCUACUCGGUGAUGGAGAUGUGCACCAAGGGCCUGGGAGCACAGACGGGCGUCCUCAGGACGAAGGGGGUGAACCUGUCCUGCGUGCGCACCUGCAUGGUGGUCGCGGAGGAGCGGCCCAGGAUCGCAUUGACACAGUCCUUCUCCAAGCUGUUCAAGGACCUGGGGCUGCCGGCGCGUGCCGUGAGCACCACGUUCGGGUGCAGGGUCAAUGUGGCCAUCUGCCUCCAGGGCACGGCCGGCCCGGACCCCACCACCGUCUACGUGGACAUGAGGGCACUGCGUCAUGACCGGGUACGUUUGGUAGAACGGGGUUCUCCGCACAGUCUGCCAUUGACGGAGUCUGGAAAGAUCCUCCCUGGGGUGAAAGUCAUUAUUGCUCACACGGAAACCAAAGGGCCCCUUGGAGACUCACACCUGGGAGAGAUCUGGGUGAGCAGCCCCCACAACGCCACCGGCUACUACACGGUCUACGGGGAGGAGGCUCUGCACGCCGACCACUUCAGUGCCCGGCUGAGUUUUGGAGACACCCAGACCGUCUGGGCGAGGACGGGCUACCUGGGUUUCCUCCGCAGGACGGAGCUCACCGAUGCCAGUGGAGAGCGACACGAUGCGCUGUACGUGGUCGGGUCUCUGGACGAGACGCUGGAGCUGAGAGGCAUGCGCUACCACCCCAUCGACAUCGAGACGUCCGUGGUCCGAGCCCACAGGAGCAUCGCCGAGUGCGCCGUGUUCACCUGGACCAACCUGCUGGUGGUGGUGGUGGAGCUGGACGGGCUGGAGCAGGACGCUCUGGACCUGGUGGCGCUGGUCACCAACGUGGUUCUGGAGGAGCACCAGCUGGUCGUGGGCGUGGUGGUGCUCGUGGACCCCGGCGUGAUCCCCAUCAACUCGCGGGGCGAGAAGCAGCGCAUGCACCUGCGGGACGGCUUCCUGGCCGACCAGCUGGACCCCAUCUACGUGGCCUACAACAUGUGAACGCGGCCGCGGCCGUCCCGAGCGCUGUGCCCUUCCCGCCCUGCCGGGACAGACCCGUCUCCAGGCCCCCCGUCGCACGUUAGAAGCCGCUUCCUGGGCCGGAGGGGAAGAAACGUCUUCCUCUCCGAGGACAUUCAGGAGGACAGAAAUGUCAGUACUUGAACGGAGGGCUGCCUGGGGGCGGCGGGCCCGGCUCAGGCGGGGAGGGAUUGCAGGUGCGCUACUGUGUCGCGAGUUGGCACUUUUUUUAGGCUAAAAAUACGGUUCUUGAUUAUAAAAAUUCAAUUAUUUAUUCCCACUUCCUAUAUAGACUUUAUGCCGGGAAGAGCUUGAGGCCCCUGUGCCGUGUGCUUCACUUCUGUUUCGCAGGGAGGAGCCGGGGGGCUGAGGGGGUCCUGGCCAGCCCCCCGACUCUGCGUUCACAGGGCACUUCCCGUGCUGGCUCGUUGCAGACGCCGAGCACGCGUGUGCCGACCGUUCGCGCUUGUGGUCACAGAGAGCCGGCCGUCAGGUUAGACGCCUGCUUUCGGGCGGAGGGACCAGCAUUUGGUCCUCGGUCUCCUUCCUGGGUCUGUAGCUUCGUGCUGUCCAGUUAACGUCCUUGUUUUCCCGCCGGCGCCAUCUCUGAUCUCGCGGUCCGUGGGGUUGCGUUGGGUUGUUACUUUUAUCCCUCUUCAGCGCACUCGGAGGCCUUGGGGGCAGCCCCCGAGGCGUCGGGUCCUCCGUGGCACCCGUGAGCCCCCUGCCGCGGUGGAGGGGCCAUGGACAGAGCCUCGUGUCCCCGCCCCCUCCCACCCACCCGGGCUCUCCCCGUUGAGUCGUGUGCCUAUAAAACUUGGCCAAACCACAUUCAGUUAUUUAAUCAAACUUGGUGAAACUGACGGAUCUAAUAUCCUAAGAAACCUAAAUCAAAGAAGAGAAUGUAAAACCCUUUAGAUACGUAUAAGAAUUUGAAGCGAAGCUCAAAUCUAAGAUUAUUUUUCUAUAGCGGUUGGAGAGUAUGUUAUGAAGUCCUGGGGUCUUGGGGGUUGAGGUGGGAAAGUUUGUGAGUUACGCAUGCGUCCUGGGAACAACCAGGUGUUUCUGCAGUUAGCCUGCAGCCGUGCCUAACAAAGCUACUGUCAGUUCUCUUCCAUCUUAAAUUCACCACCGACGGGGCUGGCCAGCCGGGCCGACUCUGUCACCUCCUGCUUGGCUACAGGUAGCUCGUGCGUAUCAGUUCCGUUGGCCUGUGGUUAGCUGUGGUGGAAUGUGUUCCGGCUUACUGGAACUCUAACAAUCCUGUUGUAAUUGUGUACAUAAUCUGUAUAACUUACGUUUGACGUGCAGGGGUUCUAGCGCUGGACCAGCGGACAGGCCUCAUACUAGAAUGGCAGCAGGGAAAACUACCUAACCCUGAUCUUCAUGUUGUAGUUUUAUAGCAAACAAAUACUGUAAAAUUUUUGUAUCGAGAGGUCAGUGGCAGUAAGACAAAGUGUCUUGUAAAUUAAGAUUUCAAGAAGCACAUUAAAAUGUUUUAAAAUUGCUCUCUGGGAAUUCUGUAUAUCACACUAAAAUUUUUUUAUAUCAUUAUGUUAAUAAAAGGUAUUGACUUUGUAA